AUGUCCCCCUUCCCCCUGGGCCAAGCCCCCAAGAUUGUGCCAACGCUGCCGACCCCGACGCUGCCGCCGAGCGCCCUGCCGAGCUUCACCGUCAUCUGCUCCACCACCAUCGCAGCGCCGCCGCUCGCCGUCCUCGCCAAGCUCCUCGACACGACGACCUGGCCGGCCUGGAACACCUUCUGCAAGUCCGCCACCGUGACCCACGCGCCGGCCGCCGCCGACGUCGCGCCCCUCAACGCGCCCGAGCUGCAGGCCCUCGCCGUCGGCCGCCCGGGGUACCUGUACCCGGGGGUGCGGGUGACGUUCGCGGCGUACAUGACGGCCGACGCCGCGGCGCCGAACCGGCCGCGCGAGGUCGUCACGGCGCUCGAGGCGUUUGAGCGCGACGGCGACGGGCGCAGGGGGUAUCGCGUCGCGUGGCGGUUCGAGAGCAUGCCGGACGUCGUGCUUCACGCCGAGCGGGUGCAGGAGCUCGUCGAGGUUGUGGGCGAGGACGGCGUCGUCGUCGCGACCGAGUAUUACAGCUGGGAGACGUUUCGCGGGCUGCUGGCGCCCGUGCUGAAGUGGUCCAAGCAGGGCGAGCUGCGUGAUGGGUUUGCGCGGUGGAUGGGCAGUCUGAAGGCUGUGGCCGAGGGGGGCGAGCAUGAUGAGCAUGAUGUGGCGCGUUUGCAGACUGGUGGUGUCAAAUCGUGCCAUGACGACGCCGCUUCCAUGGUCCAUGACUAUGUCGCUGCCAUGGUUCACGUCGACGUCGCCGUCAUGGGUCAUGUCAAGCACAUCGACCUCCCACGGCGAAAGCGUCGGCUCAUAGUCGGUGGAGGGGCUGGGGGACUGUCGGUGGCUCAUGCUCAUGCUCAUGCUCGUUCGUUCACUGGCCGCGAGGAGAGAUAUCCAUGCUGCGUCUUGACGCGGGGAACGAGGAUGCAACAGUAUGAACGGGUCGCCUUGACGCUGCGAGCCGGGAGCCAGGCUGAGAAUUGA